CCACAUAGCUUCUUCGCAUUAGUACGAAGUACAGACAGGACAUGAGAUGCAGAACCCCUUGGACGCGUGAAAGCGUCAACUACUGGAAGACCCAACAGGACUGCACUUGGGUGACAUCAUUUUAUGUUACUGCUACUUCAGUGCGCACUCAUUCGGGCUUCGUAAAAGUCCGUCGCAGUCCGGUGAAAAGGCUGUGCUGUUCCUCCACGAUGAGAAGCCAUUGGUCGUUUAAUAGCCUCCUGCGGAAUUCAGCGGUCGCUACAUCAAUUGACAACUCCGCGGCACUUUCUACAUUAACGCUCCUUGCAAGCAUGUACUCAAUAUCAAGCCUUCAUCAGGCCGCCAAGCUUUGGAGUUAGUCUUGCACUGCGCCAUCGGGCACGUUUGGGCUGGCGCGUGGGCACCAUGCCAUUCAACUCACAACUUCCACCAAUCUCUUUCUUACGCGACAUUGCUAUGCAAGCAAGCGUAAGGAUUGGCAGCAGCGGUGCUAGCAAAACCCUUCCUGUAAUAUUGAACUGGAGUUCAAAACGAGCGUCUUAUUUCAACCAUGGUUUCAUGGGCAGUCGUCUAUAUUGAAAUGGGUUUCAUUC